UUAUGGCGGUUCCAGCGGAUAGCGAAUUCCCACUCGGAAACGAUCUUCCACAUAAUCGUCGGCGUAAAUAUUCUUAGAGAUUCCUGAGAGCUUUACUUUUAGUUUUGGAAAUGGAAGAAGAACAUAUGGGUAAUGAAGAAAUGCUUUCUUGAUUUUAUUUGCGAUGAUCGAGGUGAAAGUGCGCCUACUCCGUGGUUCUGUCUUCUUCGCUGGCGAAUGUAUCGAGUGUGAAAUUAUUUUUACAAACGUCGCAGAUGGCAAGAAAGAGACCUGCAGUCAUCCAUGUAAUCACGUUAAUAACGAUUUUUCAAAUGGGAGCAAUGAAACGGACAGACUUGCUUGGGCGAGCGCUCAAAUACAUUGCCAGUGUACGGUAAACGAAUCGCGGGUUGUUCUUCCAACUACGAAUUCAAGAAUGGAUCGAACUCUAAACCAAAUUUCUUCGGAUGCAAAUGCAUCUUGUACAAGCUUCGUUCCCUCAAGAGGAGAACAAGGUCGCUGUUUAUUGUCUACGCAACCGAAGAUAUUGUUUUGUGAUCUGGAGCUUGCUCCUGGAGAAUCUAGAAAUUAUUUUUAUAGUGACACAAUUCCGUUUGAUGGAGUGCCCUCAUAUAAAGGACAUACAGUGAAAUAUUCUUACAAGAUCACUGUUGGCACCAGUAGAGUUCAAGGACAUUCCAAACUUUUAAAAUUGCCUGUUAGAAUAUUGUCUUUACAAGGACUUGGUAGGAUUGAACAAUUUUUAUGCAAGCAAGAAAAUUCUCAUAAUCCAUUUUUAGAUGAUUCGAAUCCAGAAACAUCUCUAUUAGAUUUAGCAGUGGACAUUUUAACUACAGUCACCUCUAAAAGAAAUUCACAUGUAUAUAACAUUGUCAGUGGCAGAGGAUCUAUAGGAAAGUUUUGUCUCUUUAAGUCAGCAUAUCGCAUAGGUGAAGAAAUCGUAGGAUCUUUUGACUUUUCAGAAUCUCUCAUUCUUUGUCUCAAGUUUUCAGUUGUCCUGCAAAGUGAAGAACACAUUCCUGAGAAUUCACGCAAUCCUUCAAAGCAAUCUUCAGAUGUGACAUACUCUUCUUUCACUUCUGUUCAAGAAAAUUGUUUGCACACUAAAAAGACUCAUUUAGUUUUACCUAUACCUUACACUGCUUGUCCAGAAUUCGUCUCAGAUUUAGUUUGUUUGAAAUGGAGACUUCAUUUUGAGUUUACAAUAGCUCUGUCACCAUUACCUGGAGGAGAUAGUCCUGUUCAGCAAACAACUCCUUUUACAGACAAUGCCUCGUGGCAGGGCCCCUCUGAUAUUCAGGCUGAAACUAUGUCAUGGGAUCUACCUGUCAAAAUUAUAGCUACAAAUCCACUUCAUGCUUCUUCUAUUUCAAUGCACAGGACAAGUAGUACAAUGGUUUUUUAAGGUUUGGGAGAAGUGGAGGCUGUGAUUUAUGCUUUUAGUGUCAAUCUAUGUAAUGUUCUUACUACUUCACGUGUAUGACAAUGGUUCUGCUGUACUCAGAGUGGAUAAGAGUAUACAUGCAAGGCUGUCUACCCAGGAUAGUGCACUUGUUGUGUACAGGAAACCCAGACACCACCAGCUCUUGGCAAGACUACUGUGCUACAUGGACAAACAGCUUUUUUUCAUAACUAAAGACAGAACAGACUUGUUUAUUUUUUAACUUUCUAUUUUGUCAAAGAAUCUGCCAACAGAAAUUGUAGUAAACGGUUUUGACUACCUGAAAAGGACAAAAUUCUUUAAAUAAUCAGAGGAAGCCACUAAUAUUUGCCUCCACCUAAAUUUAAGAGGGUGAAUAUCUAUUCAGCUAUUACUUAAAAGUGCUGAAAUUCUUGUUAAAGGUCCCCAAUAGCAUUCAGUUAGGAAAUCAAUCCCCUUAAAUUUACCAAAAACUCACACUAAUACCAUAAAACGUUUUAAAUUCAUUUACUGUGAUCUUAGACUCUCAGGUUCCUCAAACAGUGCCUUUCAUUUCCCAUUCCUUUUGGCUGUUUGCGCAGCAAGCUUCAGCUGUACCACAAGGUGUUAAUGCAGACAUGUGACUGGGUAUGGUUCAGUGUCUGUGAUACAAAAAGUUUUGAUAAGACAAGGGUGACCAAAAGUAAUAUAUGAAUUUUGAAUUGAGUGAUUAUUUGGAACAAAAUGUUUAUUAUAACAAGUAUCUUGUUACAUCAUUUUAUGGCAGUACAUUGGCCUGCUUUAAAAUGUCUAGCACAGGAGGAAAGUGUUGUUACCUUCAGGCCUUCAACUCCAAAGAUCUGAUGGUUAAUUCUCCCUUCUAGUUGCUCCACAUCUCCUUUUAAAUUAGGUAUGAGAAUUUGUGGAUAGUUGAUGACUUAGAGUAUUCUCACCACCUGUUUGCUGGAUAAUUUAUUGAUAUUAUAGGAAGACGUUACAAUGCAAAUUUUGUUGAAGGAAAUGUUGUUUUGUUGGGGUGAGGAUACUAUGAAAGUCAUAUUUAACCUAUAUUUUUUUUGCAACAUUUCAACUUUUUUUACUUUCUUAUUGUCAAACUCAGAAAUCUAUGAAGACCAAAUAUAUUUUUGGAGUUGUACUGUUGUAAGGUAAACAAUACGCCAAGCUAGAGUUAAGGAACUAUUAAAUGAAAUAAUUACUAUCCUGUGAUUUUCUUGCUUGUCCUGAUCGCCAGUGUGAAUGUAACUUAAGUGACAUACCUUAUCUCCUUGAAUAAGUACCUGGCACUUAUUUAGAACGUCAUCUCAAAGGAGGGGCACUUAUUGGAAUGAGGGUGCUAUGUUAAGGGGGGUGCAUAUUAUUCUCCUGUACUUCCAUUGCAGUCAGAGCUUAUAAAGCUAUAAAUUAAUUGGCAUUAGGAACAGGUUCUCUUUGCAUCCCUGCUAUUUAAGAAAGUGAGGAAGGAAGGGGUGCUUGUUUGAAAUUAUGGUUUAGGAGGUGGGUGUUUAUUCAGGAGAGGGUGCUUAAUAGAGGAGAUAUGGUAUUUGCAAAAUAUCCCAGGUGUUUGUCAGUAAUUUGUUGCUUUGCUCAAUUGUAUAUUUCUUGUUUAUGGUAAUAAUCAUCACAGUUUCCUCAUAGUAGAAUGACAAUGCACUUGGUUGGUUUUGCAGCUGUUCUAACUUCAAAUUUGUGGCUUUUCCCUUUACAAAUCUCUAUGAAAAUGUUCUAUAUUUACUGGAGCAAAUUCUCUGAAAACAUAAUUGUACAUAUGGGUGUGUUUGUAAGUGAAUGCAUUGUGAACAACUUAGUGCACACAUACAGAAACUGACAUGCAGACCUGACAUCAACUGAAAUACUUGGUCUCUGUUUUCAUUUUAUUUAUCAUAGAAAUUACCUGUAAAAAAGCUAUUAUAUAUAUUCAAGAUUAAA